AUGAAUAAUAGUACCAUUCCCCUUCAUUACAACACAUCAUUAUCACAAUUUGAAAUACCAGGUAUUUCACGACAAGAUGCUUUUGUGAAUUCAAAUGGGAAAGAAAAGACAAUCGCAUAUAAUUUUGUUAUAAUUUCAUUAUCAGAAAUAUCCUUUAAAAUGAGAAACCAAUUAUAUUUAUUCGAUUAUUUUAAUGAAGAUAGUGGAAUUAGAUUGAUAGGAUACUGCAUUCCUAUAUUUGUUUAUCGUCGUUUUUUUGUUGGUCGAAUGCCUUUAACUCAUAAAGAAAUUGUAAGAAGAAAAUCUGGCAAUCCAGGUGAUUCACAUGGUUCAUUAUUAAAACAUGUAAAAAUACCAAUUAUAUCAGUUGAACCAAAAUAUCCAAAAAAUUGGUUAAAGUACGUCAUAAACGGAUAUUCUGAUAUUUAUCCAUAUAAUCAAAAUCCAAGUAAUUUGUACUAUAACAAUGAUUAUUAUAUGGCUCAAAAAAAUGUCUUAAAUUCUUUAACUCCAAAUUGUGUUGUUGAUUUUUAUAAUCUAAAUAAUUGUCCUUUUUUGAUUCCAUUUAGAACAUUUGAUUGUAUAAUCUGUUACAUGUUAAUAUUUUCCAAUUGUGAAAAAAGUAGUGAGGAGAUAAACAAAUCUUCUAUAUCAAAGUAG